AUGGGCAUUCCGCCCACGUUUCGAUGCUCCAUCGGAUGGGUGCGGCGUGCGUUGCGGCGCCAGGGGGUGAGGUGCCGUGCAUCGGUCAGCGAGGCGGGCAGCGCGGACCAUGCCGCAGUGCGCGACUGCCAGGAGAAGCUCCCCCGGCUUCUCAUGCAUCUCUCAGCCCGUCCGCGCGACACGUACAACCUCGACGAAACCGCGCUGUGGCUGUCCCUCAAUGCGGCCAUGUAUGCGGAGGGCCGCCACAUUGUCAUUCUGCUCCACAACGCCAGCUCGCACAUGCUAAGGAGCGAGUUCGCGUGGAGCGAAAUCGUGUGCGGCAUGCGCACGACCUGCAUGAGCAACGUACGCCUGGUCUUCCUGCCGCCUAACACGACGACCUUCACCCAGCCCCUUGACCAGGGGACUAUUGCAACCGCCAAGGCGCGCUACCGCCAGCACUGGUUGCGGGCCUUCACGGCUCUGUGGAACGCGGACGGGGCCACAAGCGCCGCCGCGCGGUUUCGCUCGAACCUGCGCGACGUGCUGGCGUGGCUCUCGGACGCGUGGACCGGCGUCGGUGCGCGCACCAUCCAGUGGUGCUGGUGGCGCACGGGGUGCCUCCCGCGUUCGUGGGCCAUGGAGCUGCCGCACGUGCAUGGCGACGAGCCCACCCCGUCCGCCAAUCCCGACAUCGAGCUUGAUGAUGAGAUAGGCGACGUCGGGACUCUCAUCUCUGGGCUUGGUCUCGGGCAUGGCGCGAGGUCCGCGGCUGAGUACGUCGCCAUCGUCGACGGUGAGCCGACGUGCGCCGAGCACGCGGCGGAUCUGACGACGAAUGAGCCGGGUGCGGGCAUGGAGGUGGAAAUGUGGGAGGCGCCCACCACCAUGCAGGCCGUAUAUGAGGAUGCCGACCCCGUGGGCCGUGAAGCGCGACGCACGGCUCGGGCGGCGUGCGAGAUGCUCAUUGGCUAUGCGCGCGCCAUCAGCAUCCAGCCGCGCGACCUGUGCCACCUUUUCGACAUCCGCAACCCGGUCAUCAUUGCGCGCAUGGAGCGGGCGAGCCCGCCCAUUAAUCUGAACGUGACGCCGCCGGCCGCGCGCACGCCAGGCGCAACACCCACGCCCGACACCCCGCGUCCGCGCGGCCGAGUGCUGCCUGGCUGGAUGACCCAGCCUUCCCGCCGUCAGCAGCUGCUGGACGCCGGUGUUGGCGCCGUGAUGGGCGGGUAUACAGACGCGGCGGAGUGGAUGCGUCUGUGA